AUGGGGAGCUAUCAGAAUUACAGUUGUGGAGAUGCGGAGACGCCGAAGAUGACGUCACCCGGCUCGUACAAGGCUAAGCGGAGGCCUUCCACGGCGGCCACGGAUGACGUCAUCACGCUGAUGCAUGGCUCGGACCCCGUCCGCGUCGAGCUGUCUCGGCUCGAGAACGAAGUUCGAGGGAAAGACAGAGAAAUAGGAGAGGCGUAUGCAGAAAUAAAAGCAUUAAAGUAUUCCGAACGACUUAAACAGAAGGCCGUUGAAGAGCUUACUGAUGUGUUGAAGAAAGUGAGCGAGAAGUUGAAAGUGACAGAAUCUCAACUCGAAAGCAAGAAUCUCGAAAUAAAGAAGAUAAAUGAGGAGAAAAAAGCGGCCUUGGCUGCACAAUUUGCUGCUGAGGCCACACUUAGAAGGGUGCAUGCUGCCCAGAAAGAUGACGAGAUGCCCCCAAUAGAGGCAAUCAUCACGCCUCUGGAAGCCGAGCUAAAACUAACGAGGACAGAGGUGGCAAAGCUUCAGGAGGGUAAUAAAGCACUCGACCGGCUCACUAAAUCGAAAGAGGCCGCCCUCUUGGACGCUGAACGUACGGUUCAGAUGGCUCUAGCAAAAGCAUCCUUGGUUGAUGAUUUGCAGAACAAAAACCAAGAGCUUGGCAAACAGAUAGAGAUUUGCCAGGAGGAGAAUAAAAUAUUGGACAAAAUGCACAGACAAAAGGUUUCAGAAGUGGAGAAGCUAACGCAAACAGUACGGGAACUCGAAGAGGCUGUUUUGGCUGGAGGUGCCGCUGCAAAUGCUGUUCGUGAAUACCAAAGAAAAGUGCAAGAAAUAAAUGAAGAGAAGAGAAUUCUAGAUCGUGAAUUAGCUCGUGCUAAGAUAUCGGCAAAUCGUGUAGCUGUUGUCGUUGCAAAUGAUUGGAAAGAUGCCAGUGACAAAGUUAUGCCAGUGAAGCAGUGGCUUGAAGAAAGAAAAUUCUACCAGGGAGAAAUGCAACAACUAAGAGAUAAGCUGGCAAUUGCAGACCGUGCAGCUAAGGCGGAAGCACAAAUGAAGGAAAAAUUCCAAUUACGCUUUAAAGUGUUGGAGGAAAGGCUUAAAGCGUGUCCCAAUGGCACAACCCGUGCUUCGUCACUAGGAAGAAGUAUGAGCAAUGGGAUUUCACGUAGAGAGUCACAAAGAGGAUUAGAGAACUUUUCCACACCACCUUCAAAUGUCUUUUUGUCGAGAAAAGCUAGAAUUUCAGGAUCACCCAGAUCAAUAAGUAGUCCAAAUCACGCGAAGACUUUGUCGAGCUCGUUUUACAGUGAUAGCAGGCUAACCACUGAUGAAAAGGUGAUUCCAGAGAAGGAAGACAAUGGGAACGGAUGUGUUUUGACUGAUAAUAAGAUGAAAACUGAUGAUGAAGACUGUGUUUCGGGCAUGCUGUAUGACAUGCUGCAGAAAGAGGUCAUGUCACUGCGUAAAGCUUGCGAUUUGAAAGAUCAAAGCCUGAAGGACAAGGAUGAUGCGAUUGAGAUGUUGGCAAAAAAGGUUGAUAUGUUGAAUAAAGCUAUGGAAGUUGAGGCCAAGAAAAUGCGGCGGGAAGUAGCCACUGUGGAGAAGGAACUUGCUACCAUGCGCAAUGGUAAAGAUCUACUAGAUCAAAAGGCCCGACAUUCCAUAAGGAACGGAAAGUACCCGUGA